CCCUGCAGACAAUGCACGAUCCGGCGGCCGCGGCGGGGAGCGGCCCCGGCCGCCAGAACGAGUCAAACUUGGGAGGCGAGAGCGCCCCUGGAACGGCGGCGGCCCCGCCCGCGCCGCGGCGGGGGAAGAUGCGCCGGGGGCGCGGCGGGGCCGGAGCGCUCCCCGCUGGCACCUGCUCCGAGGGGCGCGCUGGGCGCGGCCGCCGGCGGGGCCGGGGCGGCGGGCGGGGGGCGGGGAGGGGGGCGGCGGCCUCCCGUCUCGGGCGGGCUGUCCCGCUUCACUCUCUCCUCCCCGCCGAGGAUCGCGGCUGCGGCGCGCAGGGCGGCGGCGGGAGCGGCGCGGAGGAUGCGCUGAGCGAGCGCGGGAGGCGGCGCGGCCGCGGCGCAGGUUCAGGGCAGCUCAAAAUGGAGUUCAGAUUGGAAGCUGCUUACAGCCCUAUCUGCUUGCACUCUGGACAUAUUACACCAGACUUCCAGAUGAGAGGACAAAGACUAUGAGUGAAGAGUGCCCUGGAGAUCACAUGCAGUUCUUUUCCUGGGCCAGAACUGGAUUGAUCUGAGAACAAUAAUUAUGAGGCUGACAUGUAUGUUCUCCUUCAUCUUGCUGUUUGGAGCAGUUGGGCUUGUGGUCUUCAUUCACCUGCAGGAUCCAGAAGAAAUAGUUCAUCAGCAGACACCAGGGUUUGGCAAAUGUUCCAAUGAAGCAGUCUUCUGAAACACUUGGGUCAUUGGACUGGGUCAGCUGUUGCCUAUGCAAAUACCUGAAUUAGCUUCAAAGAGGGAUAAAAUAUAACAUGGGAUUCCAGCAACCAAAAAAACAGGACUGUGUUGCCAGCAAUGACCAGGAUGGAAGAUUAAGAAAAAAUAGUGCAGACAGAGCAGCAACAGUUAAGCAGAGCAGUUCAUUAGAGGCAUCUGAAAGUGUGCCCACCAAGCUUCAAAGCACCGACAGAAGGCAAAGCAGCAUCAUGUUUGCUAUGAAAGAUCAACAGAAAGGUGAAGAAAUUAAUUCCAUCAAGCUCCAUAAACGCAGGAGGAGGUUUAUAAUUAAAAAGAGCCCAAUUCUGAUUUCCAUGAACAGCUCUAUUCUCAACCUGCCCACACUUAAAUAUGAGGAUAGAAACAACAGCAAGUGGAAAAGUCUCUAUCAGAUCCAAGGAGAAAGGAAGCGGAUUAUGAGGGAAACUUGUUCAAAAUACAAGAGUAAUAACAGAAGAAUAAUCACUCCUUACCACGUGUCUAGAAUAUUUGUAGAGGAUAAAUACAGAGUUUUGUACUGUGAAGUGCCCAAAGCGGGCUGCUCGAACUGGAAGCGGGUGCUCAUGGUGCUGAACGGGCUGGCCUCCUCCACAAAGGACAUCCAGCACAACACCGUGCACUACGGAAACUACCUGAAACGCCUGGAUGGCUUUGACCACAAGGGCAUUUACCACAGGCUCAGCACUUACACAAAAAUGCUCUUUAUUCGUGAGCCCUUUGAAAAGCUGGUGUCUGCCUUCCGGGACAAGUUUGAACACCCAAACAACUACUACCACCCGGUCUUUGGGAAAGCCAUCAUUUCCAGAUACCGUGUCAAUGCCACCAAAGAAGCACUAAGGACAGGCUCUGGAGUCAAGUUUAAAGAGUUCAUUCAAUACCUGCUGGAUGUACACAGGCCCGUGGGUAUGGAUAUACACUGGGAUCAUGUCAACAGGCUUUGCAGCCCAUGUCUAAUAGACUACGACUUCGUUGGGAAAUUUGAAAGUAUGGAAGAAGAUGCAAACUUUUUCUUGCACUUAAUUGGUGCUCCACAAAAUUUAACUUUCCCCAAGUUUAAAGAUCGUCACUCUAAUGAAGAAAGAACUACCACUAAAAUUACACAGCAGUAUUUUGCACAGCUUUCUCCUUCUCAACGACAACAAAGCUAUGACUUUUACUAUAUGGAUUACUUGAUGUUCAACUACUCAAAACCUUUUGAAGAUUUAUAUUAAUUUGAGGGCCUGGAUAUUUCCACAGUCGCAUCAGUUGAAUUGUGUGACAAAUCCAGGUGGCAUCUGUUUAUAUAUACUUACCUGUUAGCAAACAAUUGGUUGAAGAGCAGGGAAAAAUGCAAACCAGAACAUAGACAGAUGUUUACACCUUCACCUUAAUUGCCUCCUUUUUCAAAUCAUAUUUUUUUCUAUAAUUUCUCCAUAUGAAAUGUAUGUACAUAUAUGUAUAAUAUGUCAGGGCCCCCAAAUAAAGCACAGAAUUUUCCAG